GGAGGGGAGCCUGCUCUCCCCUCCCCUCCCUUGGCAGCCAGAGCAGACGUGGGGAGGCAGUUCCCAGUCUGCCUGCCCCCCCCCCCCCCCCGGCCGCCUCACGCCCCCGGGCAGUGGCACCAGGCUGCAGCUGGAUCAUCCACCCCUGGCGUGUUGCAGGGGGGAGCCCUGCGGAGGACCCCCCCCCCCCAUCAGGCUGGCUGUGCAUAGAUUCAGCCAGUCAAUGGUCCCGAGAGGAGAAACCGCCCUGCCAGCCCCCUUGGAGCGGUGCAGCCCUCGAGUCUCGAAGCUGGCAAGUUGCUGCAGAGGCUGGAAUGUGGAGACCAAGCCAGUAUUGUAAAGGGUUCGGCAUCACUAGCUCAGGCUAGUAGCAUCGAGGGACUUCUCUACCCUCGGCCAGGGUUUAGGGCCUUCCUUGGCCCUCCUCCUCCUCCGAAACCACAGCUGAUCCUUGAGCUGGGGAUCGGGGAGCUAUAAAUCAAGCCCAUGCUUUGGGCCCCGAGCCAGUCUAAAAAGCUCUCCCAUGGAGGCCAGGAAAUAUAUCUGAAGGUCAUUGCACGCUUCCCAUCGUGAACCACAGCUUUUGCGGGGCUGGUCCAUUAGAUAACAGCCCUUGGUGUUGAAAAUGGCUGGUGGCGUGGACGGCCCCAUUGGGAUCCCGUUCCCCGAUCACAGCAGUGACAUCCUGAGCAGCCUGAACGAGCAGAGGAACAACGGGCUGCUGUGCGACGUCGUCAUCUUGGUGGACAGUCAGGAGUUCCCCACCCACCGCUCUGUCCUGGCGGCCUGCAGCCAAUACUUCAAGAAGCUCUUCACCUCAGGGUUAGUGGUGGACCAGCAAAAUGUAUACGAGAUAGACUUUGUGAGCGUGGAUGCCCUGUCGGCUCUGCUCGAUUUCGCUUACACCGCGACCCUGACCGUCAGCACUUCAAACGUCAAUGAGAUCCUCAAUGCCGCCAAACUGCUGGAGAUCCAGGCGGUAACGGAGGUUUGCACGGAUCUCCUAGACAGGAAGAUUCUGGCCAAAAAUGACCAGAUGGAUUUAGUAGAUCAAAUUGAUCAAAGGAACCAUCUCAGAGCAAAAGAGUACCUGGAGUUCUUCCAGAGCAACCCCAUCAACGGCCACCAAGGCAACUUUCCAUGGACCAACCAAGACUUGAGAGACCUUCAGAGACUGAACUUCCAAGGGCAAGAGGACGACAAGGAGCCGGAUUGCAACGGCAUGGACUUCUACUCACAAGCCCCCCCAAACGAAAGACCAAAGGUGAACGACGGUGACCCCGACAGCAACCAUGCCAUGUGGCUGGACAGAGAGGAAGAGGAGGCCCCAGGAGCCUUAUUCCCACCUUCCCAGAACGGACAUUACAGUGGACACAGCCUGACGGCACAAGGAGAAGAGGAGGCAGCUUCAGGGGGUCACCUGGACCAGCAGGAAGCCAGUAACUCUCCCAGCUUCGUUCCUGGGGGAGCAGAGGCUGAAGAAGCUGAGGCUAGGGAGGUGGAUGGGCUGGCCGCCAGUGCCCUGCUGCAGCAGAUGAUCAGUUCCGUGGGAAGGCAGCAGCUGGGUGAGGACGACCAGAAGGACGACGACGGGGUGAUGGAUUAUUACUUGAAAUACUUCAGCAGCUCUCAUGAGAGCGACGUGUAUCCGUCCUGGUCCCAGAAGGUGGAGAAGAAGAUCAGGGCGAAAGCAUUCCAGAAGUGCCCCAUCUGUGACAAGGUGAUCCAAGGAGCUGGCAAGCUGCCCCGCCACAUCCGCACCCACACAGGCGAGAAACCCUAUGAGUGCAACAUCUGCAAAGUCCGAUUUACCAGGCAGGACAAGCUGAAAGUUCACAUGAGGAAGCACACAGGUGAAAAGCCUUACCUGUGCCAGCAAUGCGGGGCUGCUUUUGCGCACAACUACGACUUGAAGAACCACAUGCGCGUGCACACUGGCUUGCGGCCUUACCAGUGCGACAGCUGUUUCAAGACUUUCGUCCGAUCCGACCACUUGCACAGGCACCUUAAAAAAGAUGGGUGCAAUGGCAUCCCAUCCAGAAGGGGGCGCAAGCCCCGGGUCAGAGAUGUGAGUGGCCUGCCCGCCCCCACAGGGAACCCCGAAGACGGAAGCUUUGAAGCUGGUGGCGAGAGACAAGAAUCACAGGAGGACACCGUGCAGAAAAAUGGCCAGGAGCAGCACUUUGAAGAUAGUUCUAACAAUGAAGCAUCAGGAAGAUUGAAUGUAGAGGAGGGGUCGUCAGAGGGUAACACACAAGGACUCUCCUAAACCAAAAAAAAAAAGUGUCACAAAAUCUAGUUAGUACUUUCCUCCGAUUUCUCUUUAAAAUAUUUCUCUCCCUUUUAAAAAGAUAUAUAUAUAAUGUUUCCAAUCUUCCCACCAUAACCAGUCCCGUGGGGACACCUCUAAUAGCUAAGGACCUUUCGUUGGAAGGCAGAUGCUUAGGAAGUGUGAGAUGAGGAGGGUUGAAAGGUUGGUCUUUAACAUGGAAAGAAGCUUCCAUGCAAAUCCAAAGCUUUAUUUUGUGUCCAGACACACUUUAAAAAAUGGCAGAGAUGCAUCUAUUUAAAAAAAAAACAAAACAAAAAACAAAAAACCAGAAAAAUUCCAAGAGGUAAAUGGGUUCUUCCUGGGCAGUCACUACAUUUCGUGCCUCCGUCUGACUGGAUGGGAAAGAAUCGAGUGCAGCUUUCUCUCCAUUGGCAAGUGAAAGCUCCUGAUGCCUGAGAUGGUCUUUUGUUGAUCAGGGAUUUGAUUCUGCCGUAGGGAGUUCAGCUCCUUUCUGGCCUGAUGCUGAGCAAAGCUGGCUGAAAUCACCUGGUGCACAAUUUUUAUAAUGAUAAUUGGGUGGGGGGGAAACUGAUGAUAUUUUACAUAUUCAUUUUUUAAGAAUGAUUGCUCAUGCCACAUGGGUAGGUGAUCAGAAUUUUGCAAGGCUGCUCCGAGCAUCACAUUUGAAAUGCCUAGAUGCCAGGUGAAACUGUCACCCUCCCCAGGAGGUUUAGAUUGGCACUUUGUUCCCUACUGGGAGGCAGGGCUCCUGCGUUCAGUCUCGGCUCUGCCACAGAAUUGCUGGGUGACUUCGGGCCAAGUCAUUUUCCUUCUUCAGGGCGCAGCUUCCUCAGCUGUAAAAUGAGGCGAACGCUGUUUUGUGUGAGAUUUGGGAAGUGCUUUGAGAUCUAAGGAGUGCACGUUGCGAUAGGUGCAAACUCCUUCCUCAACAGAUACACUGGUCCAUUUAGGAGUUACUGUGUGAGGGUCUCUUGGACAAAAAUGGCAGCCCUCUCUGCUCUGUGCAAAGAUCUUUGGGGCACUUUUCCUGAGGAUGUUUGCAGAGUCCUUGGCCAACAUUUCCCCCUCACCCACCCAUUGGGCAGCACGUUUGUAUGCCUCACUCUUAUCCUCCACCCCAGAGGUGGCUGCAUUUCCACGAGUGCUGCAUGUAUAUAGUUUGUAAUGUGUUGUAGCAUUAAAGGCCCUGUUUUAGUAAGAUAGCCUUAUGGCUACCAAACUUCUCUCUCCCUAGCACACUGAAAACCCUGAAUCGGGCAGGAAUCUGAGCAAUCUAAUAAAAUUCCAGGCAACCUCUGAUACAGGAAUGGGCUAGUUCUGUACUUUUAUGACUUAUCGCCUGCUCCGGUGCUUGGCAAAUUGUGCCCCAACAGGAGCAGAGCGGAGGGUAGAUUUUGCUAGAUCAGAUUGUUGCAUCCUGAAUCCUAACCUUGCCUUUCAAGAUGCAGUAAUUAUUCAGUCCUCCCUGAUGAGUCAGCCUCUCUGAUACUCCCCUCCACCAGAGCUGAAGCUGGAGCCACCUCUGGGAUGUGGCAGGAUUCUUCUGUAUCUUUGGGCCUGCCGAGAGUUAACGAUCAGUAACUGACAGGAUGGGGCGUUUAGUCUUUUGCCACCGUGACAUGGAAUGGACAGUGCCUGUGUGACUGAGCUCUUAGCACUUGUUAUAGCAGCUUUCAUCCCAGGAUCUCAAAGCACUUAAUUAGUUGGUUCUAUUAAGUAAAAGAAUCUCUCGAAGCAGGGUAACCCCCAAUAUAUUAGGAAUCAGAUGAGAGCAUCUUAAAAGCAGUUAAAAGCGAGGGGUUUUUGUUUUUUGUUUUUAAAAAGGGUUAUUUAAGGUCUCCCUGAAAGGUGCGGGGAAUCUUUCUGGAGAUGGAAGCUGCUGGGGUAGAAAUAAAAGCACUCUGGGGCUGCUUCUCCUUUAAGGCUUUGGAGUUGUGGUUUGGAAUUUAUCUCCUCUGGGGACCUCAGGCUGGGUCAUUAAAUGCACAGGCUUCUGGGAUGGGUGGUUCUCCGUCAGACUGGCACCAAUGUAUUUACUGUCCAGCAGAGGCAAAGCCUAAUUUAUUUAUUUGAAUAGCAGGCACUGAAAGACUGGCCCGGAGGAUGUGCACAGAGCUAACGUGGUGGGGUGGAGGAGACGGGCGCCGGGGCUGACCACGCCUGAAGCCCCGUCAUCCUUUCCUUGCUGCGAUUACUAGAAGAGUGCCCGAAGCUUCACCCACCCUCCACCCGGUUUCAGUCCCAAAACGAUGCGGGCGUGACCUACGUGUGAGAUGAUCAGAAUCGCAGGCUAACCUGGUCCAAAACAGGCCACUGAUUCCUUGAAACGAACGGGAUCAGGGCCUAAUGCUCAGUUACACCAAGGCCUUUACAACCCUCUGCUAGCACAAAAAGACCUUGAAAGUGGCUUGUAAAUAACUCCCACUGUAAUGGGGCCAAGGUGGCAUCUGGUCUGGUCCACACACGGGUUUUGUACCAGUAUUGUACUGUUUCAGGUAGGGGUGUGACUUUUGACUGAUGCAGUUAUAUUAGUACAAUGCCUACUGUGGAUACAGUGAUACCAGUAGAAAGAUAUGAGAAGGGAAAUAAGCAAUACUGGUAUAAGCACCUUUCUGCCAGUAAACCUGCAUCCACAGUAGAGGGUUUGUACCCCUUUAACUAUUCCGGGACAGGUAAAGGGGUCCAAUGCCCUAAUGUGGACAAGGCCUUAACACUGAGGGUUGUUGAUUGUUCCUAGCCAGUCCCAGCCCUGUGAUCUGAAACAUAUUACAUGGGUCAGUCUCAAUCAAUCCCUAUUCCCCAGCUAUAUAGAGUCAAGUAUAUGGAUAUAAAGUAAAUAUCGGUGUGUACUACCCAGCUCCUCCAGCUUAGCAGAGUCUAGAACGGGCACCUUUCAGCCAUUCUCCUGUUUUUUAAAUGCACAGUUCAAAAUGAAAAGAGAUUCUAGUCCUUUUAUUUUGAAAGCACUUUUUAGAUUUUAUUUUAAUUUUAAAGUGAGAGCAGGUUUGGCCGAAUGUAAACUGGAGAAGGAGUGAGAGGGGAGUGUGUGAACUGGGGGGGGAGGGCGGGGGGGUUGUAGGGGAGAGAAAGAUGGAUGUUUAUUUAAUGCAGAAAAAGCAAUAAAAAUUUAAAAAACCAUUAUUAAAAAAACAUAAAAAAAAACAACCAAGAAGUCUUAGCACUUUGCGAUGGAACGGGUACUUCGAAAUCACUUUAUCUUAAUUUAAAAAGCAAAAGCGAAACAUGUUUACAAGUUGAAACCAACUUCUAUGGAAAAAAAAUUAUUAUUAAAAAAAAAUUCCUAAAUUUAUUUUUGUAAGAAAAAAAAGUGUAUAUAUAUAUUAAAAAAACAAAACAAACCCCAGCCUAGGCAGAAUCCAAUGUCUAUUUCAUGGAAUAAUAAAACAAAAAGAUAUCCAAUGAGAGGAAGGAUGCUAAUUAGGUUCUGUGACAUGACCUGAAAAUAAACCCCUCAGAAGUGAUUGCACUUCACAAAACGGAAGCUUGAAUAUUAGGCAGGAAUCAUGGGUGUUUUUGUUUUUGUAUUUUUUUCCUUCUAUUUUCCUUUUUUUUUUUUUUAAUUUGUUUGUUUGUUUCUUAAAUGUCUUAUAGCCAGUGCUAGCCCAGAUGUCUCUCCCAGCUUCCCCCAUGCCCCUCCUGCCCCCAGGAGCAACUUAGCUUGUGUAGCAAGGAGGAAAGAAAGUGUCUGAACUGCUGGGUGAUGUACUUGAUCAGGGGGAAAGGACCAUGGGACGGGGCAGCCCCUGUGUUCUUCCUUAUUUCAUUUCUUUUCCGAGGGAUACUCAGCCAGGCUUGGGUAGACGAUGAGAUAUGUCUCCUGGGUAUAGAGCUCAAAGCCAAAAGCAUACUCGGUCUUUGAAGUUAAAUCUAGCGUUCCCAGCUCUGCCUCCUGCCACCCCACUGUUUGGAGAGCAGUAGACGUGUUUCUAGCAUGAAGCAGGGAUUCAGGUUUGAAGUCAGUUUGUUGAUAUCUAAUUCAGGAUAGAGUCUUUUGUGGCUUGAUAAUGCACAUAAACCCUCCUCCUCCCCACUUGCCAUGAGCCCAGUGACUAUUCCAGAAUCAGAUGCUCAGAAUGGGGGGGAGACCCACCUUACAAAUUAAAUACAAAGAAAACAAAGUAUCAAAAAUAAUAUCCCCCACUGCUUUUCUUUACCAACCGAUCGGCUGGUAGCCAGAUCUUUGCCUCACAGGAGCAUCCUGCUUCUGGCGUAAUGUAACCCCCCCCCCAAAAUUUCACAGCAGGGAAUUUUUUUCCCCCCCAAGGGUGAAGAGAAUAAAAGGGAUACAAAACCUGGCACUCCUGACUCAGCGUUUCCCCCGGGGCCUAGGCCCGGCCUCGUGUCUGAACGUGGGCUCGCUCCAGGGGACACGGACACCUCUGGGCUGGUGCCUUUGUUUUCAGGCUCUAGCUCCUGUUUGCAGAGCACGAGGCUGGGCUCGGAGGCGCUGUAAGAUCAGUGCCGAGGAGACAAACUGUUGGGAGAAUGUGCCCUGCCCUCAAGGGGAUGGAAUUGAUGACCUAGGAGAUCUCUUCACCUUUGACUCUUCUGAUCCCAUGACAGUUGAGAUACAUUUUAAUAAGAUGGCUCAAUAGUCAGUUGCAUUUAGUGCCGGAAGCAGGUGUCCCAUCUAUUAAACUGCAGGGGUUGGAGGCUGUCUGUCAGCGGAAAUGUACAGCCAAAGGAGGGACCAUAUGUCUCCAUGCAGCAGGCAACUAAGGGUGACUCUGAAAAUAUCUUGCUGCCCCAAAUCCAAUCCCAGUUUCUCUGUCGUGUUGGCGACAGCGCAGAUGCUGGGUUCUUCCUCCAUGCUGUAAAACACCUUAAUCCUGGCCCCCGCCUUCCCAUCCCAAAGAGAGCGGAGUGGAGUGUCCCAUGACCCGGGCACUAGCUGGAUGUGGCAAGCCACCUCUUCCAGGGAUGAACCUCUGCUUAGCACUGGCUACCUAUUGCAUAUGCAAAAACUAGUGUGGACUUGUAAAUAGACAGUUACUUGAGGUUCUUUAUUGUAAUCAAAAGUUGUGGUAUCUCUCUUCUUGUUUGUGUUACCCCUUCUCUGCCCCCACCACCUUUUAAAGCUUGUGUUUCUCUCCAAACCUCCUUCUGCCAUUUCAGGGAGGGGAGAAUCGCCCCCCUCCAAAAUGGACAGGAAAAAAAAAAAGUCUCAGGAUUCUUGUUGGAGAGAGCGAGUCAGACACCUAGAUUCCUUGUAAGAAAUGAGAGCAGCCCUGGGGCCUUGACAAUCCCACCCUGCCCACCCCCCAUCUUGGAGAUCCCAGGGUGAGCCACUUUGGAGGUGCUCUCUGCUUCUGAGAAUGAACAAACAGGGACGGGACUGUUCUUAAGGGCAAAAGUCCUGUCCCUUCCUCUGUGAAAUCUGCACAGCAGAGCUGGGGCCUGAAUUAAAAGCCCAGAUCCCAGUUCCAAUCCCAGGGCCCCCACCCAAAGCAGAACAAUCCCACACUUUGGGAUAGAUCCCGUGGGGAGCUGGAGCAGAAAACUCCCCGGUCAGUCGGUUAACUGUGCUGAUCCGGCGUUCUGGUCUGUGGUUUGGGUUGGGAUCCAUCUCUGCUACAAGCCAGGGGGUAUCCUUCUACCCCCAGAGGAACAGAGGGCAGCUUCCGCAUGAUGUAGGAUGGCACUACAGCUGCCCUCCACGCCCCCUGACCCACACCUUGCCAGUGUCCUCUCUCCAGAGCGAACCUCCUCUCCCUGUCCCCUGGGGGCCCCUUUGCAGAGGUGGGUUUGGAGGCAGAUCAGCGAUGGCUUCUGAACAGAGAUACCGCACCUUAUAUGUGAUAUGAGAUGCUUUUACCUUUAUUAGAGAGCCGGGGAGCUGCCGCGUGAGCUUUGAUUGAUACAUGAGUGCCGGCAACACUUUAGCACAAGCCUUGAUAAGUUUGCACUAAAAACCAACCAACCGAUCUUCUCCCUUCUCCGUGUAGGGAGGCGUUGCCUCCACAUACAUUCUGCCUUAACUUUCUGACCUGUCUUACUCUAUGUACCAACCGACGAUGAACAGACUAGUGCAUGCAAAACCUCCCCAAUCAUAUACUGUAUAUAAGCAUUGAUUCUUAUUGUUGUUAAGGUUAUUAUUAUUCUUUUGAAAUUCAGGUUGUGAUAAAGUGUUGCCAAAGAUACUGCUGAAUUAUGACGUUUCAGGAAAAAAACCCAACCCAACCCAUAACUCCUACGAAACAAACAGACAACACAGUGGACUUUUUAGUACUGCCUCUCUUCGUUUCUUGGUACAAAACAAACCCUGUAAUUUCAGUUGUGGUAUAACUGUGUGUGUGGGUAUGCGUGUCUCAGACAGUGGGUUCCCCUAGACUGGGGGGAUGCCUGGGUUGUCCAACCACCCUAAAUGGGGCUUUAUCCCCCUGGUGAUCAGCAGUAGGGGUUUCACGGGGGCCAUUGGAGAGCUCUCUUGCUUUUGAGGCUAGUUAAGGAUCCUAAUUGCACAGCCAUGGGAUCAUAGCUUCUACACCGGUGCCAAUCAGGAAGAACGCCCUUUGAAGUCAGCAGUGUUAGUGGGCUCCGAAACAGGCCUGGGGUUUUUGACACUAAAGACAAAACAUUGGUGUGGUCCCAUCACCCUCUAGUGUUGUGGGAGGAAAGCACAGAUUGUCCAAUGCCUCUGACCCGCCCCCCCAGUCUAGAAGGAAACCUGCAGAGACGCACAUACUGUCCCGUGUCUCCCAGCCAUGGUGGGAUACAGAGAAGCCACCUCUGCUUGCACCUCUGCUCUAGGAAACCAUGGAUUUGGGUUGCGCCCAAGGCUGUCAGACUCACUGAGGGAAUGCUAUUGUUGUUGUUUUAGGUUGUUAUCUCCUCCCUUCUUUUCCCUUCUCCUCCCCCCGCCCUCCCCACAUGAAACCAGUGAAUGUAAACCCGUGACCAUGGCGAAGGGUUAAGGAAGGCGGGGAGAGGUACGGGCAGAGCUGCCCAGCUGUGUUGUAAAAGAUCCUGUUUGUGUCCGGGCCUAACGGUGAUGAGAUCAGAACCGUGAGUUCCAGCGAUUUCUUCAGUCAAUACCAAAGUAUACUCCACCCUCACUGCAGAGCUCUCUCUGGGGGGGCAGAAAGGAUUUCUGAUGGGACCCCUUUCCCACAGACCGGGAUUCGUUCUUCGAUUGGCUGCUGCCCCAGCCCGCAUGGGGAACUUCCUGGGGGUGAUGAAACAGCAGGUGUUGGGUGGGCCGAGAUCCUAGUGCUGCGGUAGCUGCCUGACGUGAGCGUGGGGUGUAUUUUCCUCUCCAUUUGUCAUACUCUAGCCCCCCCUUCCCCUUCUCUGAGCUCCUUUUAAAGAUGCUGCAUCUUCUUGCUGAAACCCUACCCCAGUCUCUGCUGGACACGUGUGAAUCGACAGCUUUGCCUACAAAAACGGAAAACCAACCACGCCCAGGUAGAGCUUGGGCUGGGCGGGGGCUGUCCCCAGUUCUGAAUUUGGGAGAAGGCGGGGGCGGAGAGACAAAGGAGUCACAUCUCAGAGCAAAACCAUGCGGUGGGGGCGGCACAGCUGCCCCCAUCCAUCGCUGUCAUGGGGGAGCAUCACAUGUCCAGUCUGCCCUAGUGUGGUUGCAGCCAAGGAAGCUGCCCGCUCUUCCAACCCAGAACUCGAAUCACCUGCCCCAGAGCGGGGAUCUGAGUAAAUGGCAGAGACUCUACUUUCCCCCAGGCCUUAAACAAGAAAGAGGGAUGCAGCAUCUUAGAGGUGCAGGAGGUUUCUUUGCACUAACGGGACCCAUUAGACUCAGUGGGAAGUAUGUUCUGUUGCACAUGGGAGCUAGGCUAGCGGCUGUUUCUAGGCGAGCCCAGGCUGUUGGGGAAUGGGGAGAGGGCUUUCCUAGCCAUUUCCCUCAUUUCUUGGGGGCUGAUUUCUGCAUGCAAAGGGCUCCUUUUCCUUUAGCAUUUGCUGUUUAAUGCUGCAAGGGAAUUUUCUCCCUUUUAUCCUCUCCCUUCCAAAGCUCUCAUCAGCCACAGCUACCCUCAGAGCCUGCGGAGCCCAGCUCCAAGGGAAGAGGGGGAUAGGUUGAAAACCCGGAGGGAGAGUGGGGUGUGGCGGGGGCACAUGGAGGUUUCUGAGCAGUGUAGGUAUUAAGCCAUUGGGACAGCUCCUCAAGGGAUGGGUGGAUUCUCCGUCACGUGGUAUUUUUAAAUUGAGAUUGGCUGUUUCCAAUAAGAUUACACCAUUGUUCAGCCACAGGGUGCCGGCUGGAAGCAGGAAUGGUCAGCCUGAGCAACCAUAACAGUCCCUUGAAAUUGACAAACCGUCGUAAGUCCCUACAUCCUCCCACAACAUUUGGGAUGCUUGAAAUAACCCCGCCUUGAGCCUAUCCGUCAGGUUAGCAAACCAAAAGCUCUGUCUGUAUUCUCAAAAUGCCGGUGUGAGGAGCAUUCGGGAGGCCUGAUUCGACUAUUUAAAAAAAUCUAUAUAUAUUUAUAUUUUUGAUUUAUUAUGAAAGUUUUAUUUAAAUAAAGAGGAACACUUUUUAAAGAGCAGGUAGCAGAUUUAGCUUCCUAGUUGGGAACCUAUGUGGGUAGCAUUUGUACUGCCUGGGACAAGUAACGAGAUGCUGUAUUGAAGCUAUGUUUUCUAAAAAUAUAUAUAUAUAUAUAUUAAUAUAUAUAUAUACACACACACAGAGAUUAAUCUUUAAUGUGAGGUGGGUAGAUUUUAAACUCUCCCAUCACCUCCCCAGAAAUCAUCUGAUUUGAUACCAGGAGGAAGAAAGAGAAUACUAAGGAUAGGCCCACAUUUCCUGCGUCUUUAUAUAUAAACAAACAAACAAAGAAAAAAGAAUUCUAUAUAUAAAGCACUCGCAAGUUUCAUCAGUUUUAUGUGUAAACUACUUUGUGUGGUAUCUGGGUAAUGAGCGAGGCAAGAAAAGCACAGAAAAGACAUUCCAUAGAUUGUAACUUUGGUAGUUCUUUAUAAAGUGUGGGAGACGAGAAAAAAAAAUAAUAAAAAAAUGCACUUUUUGGGGGCGUUAAAAAAAAUAAAAGAUAUAUAUUAAAAAUAUAAAAA